GCGCACACCAGCCCGCCCAGGAGCGGCGGCCGCCGUGCGCCGCCAUGUCGGGAGCGGCGGGGCCGGGGCCGCCGGUGGAGUCGGGCCGUUCCCCUCUGCCCUGCGCCCCCCGCCCCGCCGCUGCACUCCAGCUGAGCGGAGGGGCCGAGCCGGCGCGGCCUGGCGUGGCUGUCAUCGACCUCCGCUUCCCCCGCGGUGCCCCCGCCGAUGUGCAGGAGAUCGUCUUCAAGAACUUCUACACGGCGUUUCUGAGCGUGCGGGUGCAGCGGCCCGGCCCCGGCGGAUCCCGCCGCUGGGUGACCUGCCUGAGAGACUACUGCCUGAUGCCCUGCCCGCACACCGAAGAGGGGUCCCAGGACUACUUCUCCCUCCAUCGCCACCAGCAGAUGCUGUGUGACGUGGACCAGGUGACAGCAGUGCGGUUCAUCCUGCGGCAGCCCUCUCCAGUCUGGCUCCACUUCACUAUUGAGGAGAUCCAGAUUUUCCCCCCUGGACAGAAGAGCCCACAGAAAGAUUUCCCUUCUUGGCUCUCCCAGCUGACACCUCCAGAGCAGCCAGCUAGCCUGCAUGAGGAGCUCCCUGACCCGGAGAAGGUGUCAACAGAGGUCCAGCAAAUGUGGGUGCUGACAGAGGUGAUCCGGGCUCGCCAGACAGCUGCCCGCAUUGGGCGCUUCGACGUGGAUGGCUGCUACGAUAUCAACCUCCUUUCCUACACCUGAGCCCUGUGGGUGCUGGUGGGAGGGAGCUGGCUCCUCCACACUCCCAGGGCCCAAGUGGACUCCGUCAUUCCUGCAUUGGCCUUCGUACCUGAAGCCCCGGAGGCGUUCCAGACCCUUCCAGUGCCCAUUCCCUAUUUCCUCCUGUGUUGGCAGUGGUGGUCAAUGUUGCUGCCCUGGAGCCUCCCAGGAGCCUCUCCCAGGCCAGUUGCCCUCCAGCAGCGGUGGCUCUGCUCUUGGCAUGUCCCGCGCCGCUUGCUCGCUGCCCCUGGAAGCACCCAGCCACCCCUUCUGCCCCCAACCUCUGCCCUGGGGAGUGGCCCUGGGCUGCUGCAAGUCCAGGCUCUUCGGGCAGGAGGGUGCUGGUGCUGACGCCCACCGCUCCCUGGGGGCCGAGGAGGAGUGGGGAGAAUCUCGGUCACGACUAAAAGCUGCUACCAUGGC